GACAAACAAGCCUAAGGGGAGCCCUACAGCUAUGAAAGGUGAGAUACGCCGAAGUCCCAAAUCCAGUCCUACCCCUGGCAUCAGCGUCACGGAUACCAGCAAGAAUAUAUCAGCAACGUCUGGUGGUAGUGAGUAUAUAAAUAUUGAGCGUGAAAUGGCGAAUGUGGCUGUGGCGUUGGGCAAUCUGAGCGAAUCAGACGACUCGUUGUCUUCAAAUGACAGCGAGAAUGAACACAGCAACUCAGCCCUGGGAGACCUGACGCAACGAACGAUGGAUAUCCGAAUCAUGUGA